AUGGAAAAGGCAGUGGCGGAUUUUUCUAUCCUCUGGGGGAAAGUCGGUCCGUUUUGUGACCUUUCCAAAGUACUGAGUGAUGGCACCUCCGAACCAGCUGAACCUUACGGAGAUGCCUGGUUGACCACUACCCGAAGGCAAAAGACCUCAGGGUCAAUAGGUGGUCAAGACUUCGAGGUUAUUUACGGGAGGGUGCGUGAGACCGAGUUACUCGCGAAGCUCGCACGUCUCCACGCACGCUGGAACAACCUACUCUUUGAUAUAGAACAGCAACUAGACGAAUUGAUUACGUUACAUGAGCGUUGCAUUCGAGGAAUCGACGAUCUGACACUUCGCCAGGCGACCUACCGCAUCAACUUCAAACAUGUGAAUCAGAAGUUCAAUGCCCUCUCCGAGCGAAAAGCGAGUCUUUCAGAGAAACUCGUUAUGCUAGAGGAAAUGCACAACCAUUAUGCACAAUACAAAUGUUUUGCGCGCAGUCUAUAUCAAAUCGAGAAUAAUGAAUUCAUCAAUACUGCCAGUGCGAAGCGUAACGGCAGCACGGACUCUUCAGAGGCAGUUGCCACAGACCCUGGAGACAAACCAUCUGAGGACAAUGAGCGUGCAUUUGCACGUACUUUGGACUAUGUUGACAAAAUCGCAGAGAAACUUAAUGCUAUGCUACCCGCUAUCGACGCAUCGAUUGACUUCUUCAGCAUCCACACGAAUUAUUUCGAUGCAGAUGCAACACGGUAUAAGUACGAGGCACUGCGCACAAGUGUAUUCGGACUUAUUAAGCUUGUUUUCAAGGAACUUUAUAACUUCGCUAGCGACAGUUGCAAAGGGUUAACUCAUUUUGAUGUCGCCGAACAUUACAACAAAUAUCGCCGAAUUGGGAGCAGCGUCCGGAAAUUGUGUCGAUACUACACUAUUCAGGCAACAGAAUUAAGUAGUUCCGAGUUUCUACAGUUACAAAUGUACUAUAUAACAAGUCGCAUCAGGAUCCUGAAUCCUUUGAUGUUGCUGAAGAUGGAGUCAUUCAAAGAUUUUGGAACUAUCACGUCAUUUUUCCUGCUGAUAUGCAAUUUAGAAAUCCUUACGUUCAAAGAAACGUUUGUGAGUGAAGCAUCCCACGAGUCUCUAGUUACUUUGGUGGAGAAUGUAGUUUUCUACUUCACUGAGGCGUGCAACAAGCAAGUUGGUAUGCUUCAUACCUCGUCGGAGAUGCGUGCAGCCAUCUCUCGCCUCAAGCAAAACUUAAUGGACCCUAUAUCAGCUUCAAGAAACGACGCUGUACUGAGGCCGCUGAUGCUAAGGGCUCAACAGACCUACCAGACUAUUGAGCUUACGUUGGUCAAGACCAUCCAACGUGAGCUGGCGGAGCAUGUACGUAAUUACGACAAAAAACCGUUCUUGGAUGUUUUAUGCGAUAACGUGUCGUUAGAACCGGAUUGGGAUCACGAGCUACUUGCCCAGGUAGGAGAUACGGAUAUGCGCGGUGCGGGGCUCUGCCCUCCCGUCUGCUUUGCUGUCGGCAUAGUGCUUACAAACGUAGACUACUUAAGUGUGCAAAACCUGAACGGUAUCGCUACAGGCUCAUUGAAUGCCGUAAAGGCGGUUCUAAUCGACGUUCAAUAUGCAUUCGGAAAGAAAUCCAAUCUCUCUGCGAACCUUGUACGGAUAAAUCAGGACUUCUUUUUGAUGCGACACCUACAACAUGUGCUAGCCCAUUUAGACCGUUUCAGAGAACUGGAUGCAUACCGUACUAUAGCAAACCUCUACUCCAGCACUGAGCAUCAGCUAUGUUCAGGUGUGUCUGGUCUGCUCUUGGGUGAUUUCCGCGAAUUCGUGCGCAGACAGCGAGUGCACGAUGAGGCUCUCUACAAGGAGCGUCUAUCUGCAGCUAUGAGCAUCUUAUCUAACAAGGUUCCGUUGCUGAAGUGUCAACUAUUGCGUCAUUUGUUACCUGCGCGCUUCGAACAUACGUUCGAGCAGAUCACCGCCGCUUUGCGAGAGAUGUCUGGGGAGUACGCCAAGAAGUUCUCCUUGGAACAACCUGAGCCACCAAAUUACGCUGAAACUAGCGACACUAGCGCAUCACACGGUGUUCUUUUGCAGCUGUAA